AUGGACCAACAAAUGAGUCAAUCAAUCAAGCUGAGAGCAGCUCUGACCACAAGGAUCAAGGAAAUUAUGGGAAAAUCAUCAGCAACAGGGAUCUUCAGAGGGGGGAUAUUGCAAACUCACCUUCUACACAAAGCAAGAUUAAGAAUUGGACAUGAGCUAGACAGUUGCUUAGCAACACGUGAUGUCAACUUCCAUGCUUCUGCGUCAAUCUCAGAAUAUGAGAUCAAUCGAGCUGCACUGACAGUUGCCCAUGCAAUGGUAAAUCCUUAUUAUGUGGAUUGGGAUGUUGACAGAUUUGCCGAAAUGGCCAAAGUCUCUACACCUAAAUCUGAUGGUCCCCUCGCUAAUACCAAUCAGCUACCAAAGUACUUUUCUGCAGCUAUGAUCGGUAAAAUUUCAGCACCAGCUACUAUUGUGGACAGGCAAGGUAAAAUUUUAACAAUUUACUUGCCAAAUAUUCUGUCUUCUUCUCGGGUUGAAUAUGUGAACUCAGCCACUAAGGGUUUACGGACUUUACUUCUUGAAACAAUUACGUCCUCCACCCAACAGUCUUGGCGAUCUCAAGGCUUUGUUGUCCCAGAGGGGGGUGGAGAAUUUGGAGCAGGCAGAGUCACAGUAUCACCAGCAUAUUUUAUGCAAAGACACGAGAGACUGGAAGACCCAAUGGUUACCUCGGCUUCCUAUAAGUCUGUGGAAGUCCAAGAGUGGCUAGCUGCUUUAUCAGCUACUGAAUCUUUCUGGAAUGCCAUUACCGCUGUAUCGGCUCCAGAUCUAUUCGAAGCAGGCACCUUGGCAAUCACUCGUAUUAUUGAGGAACUUCAAGGUUCUGAUAGAACAUCACCACCCAUCUGUGAUUGGCCCUCGAUCUUCUCAGGAUUGGAAAUAAUUGCAAAUCGUACAACUUUAUCACACAGAGAUUCUGGUGGCGCCCUCUUUUUGAUCUUCUGA